AUGGGGGCCCCGCCGGAACCCGCCACGGUUGACGGGCGCAGCCCUCUGAUUACGCCCGACACACUCCAUGAAAUUGUGGCGGAGUAUCUGCAAUCCGCUGGCAUGCGGGAGGUGGCUGCGGAUAUGAGACGCCAUGUCGAAUCGACACGGGCCUCCACCGACGACGCAACGACUAUUAGACAGCCAUCCCGCGAGGACAGAACUGGAUCCCAGCCACCUUCUGUGGGACCAUCCGCUGGGGCGUUGGAGUGGUGCCUCUGCUCAUACGCUGCCACCAGGUUGGUCGUGCGCCAGCUGUUGUCGGAUGGCGCAUCGAAGCUCACCUCACAAUUUAAGUCGAUGGACCUUCCCGCACCCGACGAGACGUUUGUGCGGUAUGCGUUGGACUCGAACGACAAACACAUGUGGUCCGUGCAGGACGACGUGGACGCAUUAUACGUCGCGGGGGUGGGGUGGGACGGCCACGGGAUGCCCAUGUUCGGUACGUUGCAUCAAAUCAUAGAAGCACUGACGCACGUCAGCGUGUUGCCUCUUUCAACGCCCUCGGAGGAGAAGUUGUUGGCACAGGAAGAAUUUACACACGCGUUCCUACGGCAGCACCGCUACUUCACGUCGUCCCACACAGUACUCGCCAAACUCAUGGAACGAUUUACGGUGCCAUUAUCAGUGAAGCUCGGGUUUGAAAACUUUGAAGCGCACGGCAUUCGUGUUCAUGCGCCAGGAACUUCUCUUUCUGCUUUCUUAUCCGUAUCGCGUAUAACACGCACCCACAGAGGUGACGAAAAAGCCGUAAAGGGAGGAGUGAACAGUUUCUCUCCCAGUGCCUCACUUUGGUUAUUUGUUUGCCAAAGUAUACAGAUGCGCGUCAUGUCUGUGUUAACGCUCUGGCUUCGCGAAUACCCACAACACUUUGAUGAUGCAAUGCAUCACAGUAUUCAUCUUUUUUUGGAUGACUGCUCCUCUAUUUCUCAGCCGUGGAGUGAUUGCCCCUCGCAGCUUCAUGCAAUGAUGGAAUUUGUACGGGACAGCAUUUCAGCAGCCGCGGAGAAAAAAAGAACCGGCACCCUCGCCACACGGCAGCAUCGUUUAACUGAUGGGCCACCAACUUUAACGUCUUCAUCGCCGAGUCGCACAGUGGCGGCGGAGGAAAAUUCCUUCGCGAGAAGACAGGCGUAUCCGACAUGUAUUUUUUUGCUGCGUGCCCUGACCGACGUUGGGCCCUCCACGGAAUUUCGCACGGAGUCUUGGGUCGAUAAAUUGCAGGAAGUCGUGAAUCUCUUUCUCGCCCUGUCGGUGGAGCAGUACGCUGCAGGCCUCGUGUCCCUUCAUUUGCACCUGUUCACAUCGCUGCAGGCUGAAGAGGUACUGAAAGUGCUGCACCGCUCUUCCGCCGCCUAUUUGAGCUCCAGUUCCUUCCAUCUCACUCCCGUGGGUGCUUUUCUCGCUUCAUCAACGGAUCUUUCCGCAUGGACGGUCUCUGUUCUCCUGCACGCGGCGGCCCUUGACGGCCAUCAAAUGAGAGACGCAGGGCAUAUAUCAUCAGCAGCCGAAAAUUUUUUGAAACUUUACAAAUAUCUUGUUGAGCUUGUUGUCGCUCUUGUGCGCUUGAACGAUCUGCACGGGGCCGUUGCAGUGCAUCGGGGCCUGCACCACCCGAUCCUGCAACGGGUACUCACGCAGCCACGAAUUGUUGCGUUAAUUCCCGAAAGUACGUCCCAAAACGUCACGCGCCUUCAUGAGGUUUUGGGGAUUUGUAGCGAGAAGGAUGUGGCAAAAGGAAAAUCGCUGGAAAAUUACAUGCGAGGCAUUUUGGACGUUGACGCCCAUCCGCUAAUCCCACCGCUCCAACACUACUUGGGGAAAAUGACGCGGCUGAAGGAUGAGAUGCCAUCCUUCUUGACUCUCCGCACGGAUGAACUUUACCCAUCCACAGAUCCGGGUAAAAAGACACGGGAAAUUGUUCUUCUCCACUGGAGAAAGUACAUCAUCCUCGACCGAAUGGUGAGCCAACUCAAAGUUUGGCACUCGGGAGCCCGGCCCACAGCAAUCGAUAGGGCGUUUGAAAAUCAAUUUGUGGAGCAAAAGAGAAAAAUAAUAUGGAACCACUGGCAGUUGGCUGAAAUGGCGAACGAACUUCUCUCUGCCCUUUAG